GCGGGGUGUCCUGGCUGGGCAGCCAGACACCACGGGACACCACGGCCGCGCAAUGGGAGUGACCCGCAAAGUCACCUUGCGUGCAGCCUUGACGGGCUCGAAGUUGGGAGAGAAGGAGGUCCAUCCUGAUGACACGGUGGGAAACUUGCGACCUCUCGUGUUGGCAGCCGCACGCCAAACUUCGAUGAUGAGUCGCCUAAGCGAAGCCACCGAACUUUCGGUUUGCCCACGCGUGACGUUGCUACGCUUUGACCUUUGCAUCAACAAUAAGGUUCUCUUCGAUCAUCAACUUAUCUGUGACUGCCUGGAGUGUGAAGAGUCUGCCGAAGGCGGCUUUGUGGACUCCGUGGACGUGGUCUACCUACCGGCUCCGUGUCUUGGAACUGCCUGUGGCUCUUCGGCAAGGAUUUGGAACCUCUCGGCACCUGGCUUUGGAACCGUGCUGGACCUUCCCAGCGAUGCGACGGUGAGAAAGAUCACCUUCAUGCCUGACCAGCAGCACGUCGUGACCAGCUCGGAUGAUGGCACUGCACGACUUUGGCGAUUAGACGGAGGUGAGUGCGUCCAGACCUUCCAACAUCCGUCUUCCGUGAGCGAUCUGGCGUGUUCCAGCAACAGUGAGUUGCUCUUGACCCUUUCAAAUGGACAUGUCUCCGUUUGGAGGAUAAAGACUGGGACGUGCAUUUGGCACUUGGAGAACGUCUACAUCCUCCAAGCGCUUUUCAUUCCUCAGACCGAAGAGGUUCUGAGUAUUGCAGAUGAAACUCCAAAGAUUUGGAACUUGCAGCGGUCAGAUCCCAUCGCGUCCCUAGAGGGACACAGUGCCGUGGUACUCUCGGCGCUGUGCUUUCCAAAUGGUGAGCGCAUUUGUAGCGGCGCAUUGGACCGCAGCGUGCGACUCUGGCAGCGCGAGGUGGACAGCUGGGACAGCUGGAAGUGUUUGAGGACACUGCAUGGCCACUUCGAUGGCAUCCGCGCCCUAGCUCUGAGUCGCGACUUCAUCGCCAGCGCAUCGGGCUGCACAGCACGCGUCUGGUGCGCCGGGACUGGAAGCUGCGAUUCCAUCAUCAACGACCAUGCAGGAUCCAUUCAUUGCAUGCAGCACUUUGGCUGGAGCUGGUGGAAGUUCAAUAUUUCGAGUGCCAGAGUUGGGGGAGAGGUGCAAAGCUAUCAAGACACGAGGACAGGUAUGUAG